UUUAAAAUACGAAAAGUUCGAGGUCGACCCCCUUCCAUAAAAUAAUUAGCUAAUAAUAUCAUUGAAUUUCGAGACUUUGCCAGGCAGCGGAAGGUUGGAAGAAGGAAAAUGUCAUGGCUUCAUUACAUCAGGGAGUGGACCGGCAUCAAGACCGUCGAACAACUGUUCAGGCUAGCUCUGGACAAAGAAAGAUAUAGAUUAUUGACUGCCAACCUUCAUUAAUGGAGAGGCACUUGAAGAAGAAGAAAAUUUCGAGACUUUACGCCAGGUCGAAUUAUAGUAGUACGAAAGCUAUCUAGAGAUGUUUCGUAUAAUGUACCUUUAAAUCUAUACCCGUCUCUUAAUCGUCCUCAAACGUCCGCUAGUCGAACGCUUCUUCUGGAUGCAACACGAGCUUGACGAUUCACGGCGAAUUCAUUUCUUCUGGAUAAGGCCUAGGCGUCACAACGCCGACGCAACGCAUCGUGUGGCAUCGCUCUUAUGCAUGUAGCAACUGAAGUGCUUUUAACAGAUUCAGCUCAAUCCAUUGAUCCGAAGUAUGAAGAUAAAACGGAUUCUUCAAUUUUCAUAAUAGUUGGCGCAGUAAUUGGCCUCAUUGUGAUAUUUCUGCUUAUAGUCGGUGGUAUUUGUAUUAGAAAUCGAUUUAAAAAAGCCAGAACCAAUAACCAACCGCCUCGAGAAGAACCAGAAUAUGCUACCAUUCCAGAUGUGGUGCAGUACGCGAAGUUGGAUUUACCACGAAAUAUAAAUCGAGAACUUCCGAAGAUACCCACAGAAACACCUUACACGACUAUAGUUGGAAAACUUGUGCCUAAAACAGAUAAAAACGUCAGCAAUACCAGUAAUAACUAGUUAUAAAAAGAAUUCCACACAAAAAUUAAAAUUAUUUCACAAAGUAAACCUAGUGUAUU